GUGACCUGCCUUGUUUGACAUUUGAGGAAUUUCUAGGUUAUGUCAUUAAAAAUGUCAAAUAAACAAUAACAAAUAUGGUAUAAAGAGCAAAUAAACAAACAUAAAGAUGCUUCCGUACUUAACACGCUUUAAAAACCCUUCUAAAAUCCUCUUGGCGGACUUACGAUGUAUGUCAACAAGUGCACCUUAUUUAAAAAGCUCCUCACAGGAGCCCUUACCGACACAAGCCCAAGUAGUUAUAGCAGGUGCAGGUGUAGUCGCAAAUUCUGUAGCCUAUCACUUAGUACAAAACGGAUGGAAUGACAUAGUAGUAGUAGAACAGGGUAAAAUAGGCAGCGGUACCUCACAUUUUGGCUCUGGCACUUUGGGCCUAUUUAAACCUAUAGCCCCAAGGAACCUUAUUAUGUACAGCAUAAAGUUAUAUCAAGAAUUACAACAAAUGGGGUAUGAUGUGGAAAUGAGGCAGUGUGGAAGCUUAAACUUAGCUACAACACCAGACAGAUUAAUUGUUUUAAAAAGAAGAAUUGCUUAUAAUAUACCAACAGGUUUACAUUGUGAACUUGUAGACAAAAAAGAAUUACAAGAACUACACCCUUAUUUAAAAGUCGACGAUAUUCUUGGGGCUGUUUGGGUGCCGGAAGAUGCUGUUAUUAACCCUAGGGCUAUCUGUGAUGUUUUGGCUAUGAUUGCACAACAAGGAGGGGCUAAAUAUGUUGAGGACACUUGUGUUAAUAGAGUACUUACGAAAAAUUCUGCUGUCUAUGCAGUGGAGACAGAUAGAGGCAAUAUAUUCUGUGAUUAUUUUGUUAAUUGUGCAGGAAUGUGGGCUCGGGAGCUGGGCUUAAAAUGUAAGCCACAGGUUAGAAUUCCAGCCUAUCCAGCACAACAUUUUUAUGCUACAACCCCACCAAUAGACACAGGUACCAAUUCUAUUCCCAUUGUAAGAGAUUAUGACAACCAAACUUACAUAAGGGGUUAUAAUGGAGGUUUUAUGGUGGGAUGGUUUGAAAAAGAAGCAAUUCCUGCCUUUGAAGACAGUAAAGUUCCAAAGGACUGGAAACGGCAUGUUAAAAAAGAUUUUAAACACAUACAGCCUCUAUGGGAAAAAGCGGUGGAAAGAAUACCGCGCUUGCGCAGUAUUAAGAAUCCGGAGGUUGUAAACUCGCCUGAUAAUUUCACUCCGGAUGGCAGAUGGGUGUUGGGGGAAGCACCUGAAGUAAACAACUAUUUUAUCGCGUGUGGAAUGAACGGCAAUAGUUUACAAGGGGCUGGCGGAAUAGGUAAGGCUGUAGCAGACUGGAUAAUAGAGGGGGAGCCAAAACAAGACCUUCUGCCUUUCAAUGUGCAAAGGUUUUUGGAUAUACACAAUAGCAGACCUUAUUUGCAACAAAGGGUGAAAGAGGUGGUGGGGAGGCAUUACAGCAUACUUUACCCCCACCAAUGCGAAUACAAGUAUGCAAGAAACUUAAGAUGCUCACCUUUGUACAGUGUUUUGGAGGAGAGAGGGGCUGUUUUUGGAAUUAAAAUGGCCUACGAGAGGGCCCUUUACUUUGAUUCUACUUAUAAAAAAGGUGAUGCGAAACCCAAAAUGCCCCCUGGAAGUUUUUUUAAGCCCAAAUUUUUCGAUUUUAUGAUGGAGGAAUAUUUAGCUUGCCGCGAGGGUGUAGGUAUUAUAGACAUGUCCUCGUUUUCAAAGAUUGAAAUAAAGUCAGGGGGUUCUGAAGUUGUGAGUUAUUUACAAAGACUUUGCUCAAAUGAUGUAGAUAUCCCCAUUGGUGCUAUAGUACAUACCGGGAUGCAAAAUGAAAGGGGUGGUUAUGAAAAUGACUGUAUGUUGGUCAGACAAAGUGAAAAUUGUUAUUUUAUGGUAUCACCAACUAGUCAACAAACCAGGGUGAAUGAGUGGAUGUCUAGAAAUUUACCAAAUAACACAACAACUGAUUUAAACGACGUAACCUCAAUGUAUACUGUAAUAAACGUGGUUGGUCCAAAAGCCAAUCAACUAAUCAAUGAGUUAUCCAAUAGCAAUUUAACUUUAGCACCGUUUUCCUAUAAAAAAGUCAACAUAGGUUACGCCUCUGACGUUAUGGUUAUGUCUUUUACACACACUGGGGAACCAGGAUAUUGCCUACAUGUUCCUUCAGAAUACGCAUUGCAUGUGUACUAUAAAUUAAUGACAGUUGGAAAAGAUUAUGGUGUUCGAGAUGUAGGUACUUUAACACAAAGAUUUAUGAGGAUAGAACGUUUCAUACCAUUUUGGGCUGAAGAAUUAAGCAGCUUUAUCACCCCUUUUGAGGCUGGAAAUGGCUACAGCGUCAGAUUAGACAAAAAAGAAAAUUUCAUAGGAAAGCCAGCAUUACAAAAACAAAAGGAGGAAGGGGUUAAAAAACAAUUGGUACUCUUUCAUUUAAAUAAUAUUGAUCCUGAUGUAGAUAUCUGGCCCUGGGGUGGAGAACCCCUAUACAGAAACAAUGAAUUUGUUGGGACUGUUACUUCAGCAGGGUACGGUUUUUCCGCCGACAAACUAAUUUGCCUCGGUUUUAUAAGUCGUCCAAAAUCGUCGGGCAAAAAAACAAUAACAGCGGAUUAUAUUUUAUCUAAAGACGCGUUCUAUCAAAUCGAUAUAGCCGGUCAUAGAUUCUCGCUAACCCCGUAUCUACAUGCUCCCACAAUACCGAACGCCGUAUCACCGGAAAAAAAAUACAAACCGACACUUAUUAAAUAUAAAAGUGAUAUUUCUCGAUAGAUUAUACAAUAUUUAGCUUCUAUUUAUUAAAUUAUUGACAAUUUGUACUAUUUAUUGUUUAUUUUAUUUUGUUGUUUUAUUAAAUAUUUCAAAAAAUUCAA